AUGGGGCGCGGCAGGUUGCUGGCCGGCCUGGCGCUGGCCGCCCUGCUCUCCCGCGUGAGCCCCUUCCUGCAAUUCGUGGAGGAACUGGAGGACAAAGUGUUUCUGAAUUGCACCGGCAACAUCAAGUGGCAGGAGGGCACGAGGGGGAGCCCGCUCCCGGACAACCAGACUCUGGACUUGGGAAAACGCGUCCUGGACCCUCGGGCGGUGUACCAGUGCAGCGGGGCGCAGGAAAACGGCGCCCCACACACCCUGCAAGUAUAUUAUCGAAUGUGCCAGAACUGCGUGGAGCUGGACCCCGCCACCCUGGCCGGCAUCAUUGCCACCGACGUCCUCGCCACCCUGCUCCUCGCUCUGGGAGUCUACUGCUUUGUUGGACACGAGACUGGAAGGCUCUCCAGGGCUGCUGACACUCAAGCUCUACUGAGGAACGACCAGCUCUACCAGCCCCUCAGAGACCGGAACAACGCUCAGUACAGCCACCUGGGAGAAAGCUGGCCUCGGAGCAGGUGAACGGAGACGCAUGGAGCACCAGCUGCCGACCGUCCCUCCUCCUCCCGGCCCGCCAAUAAAGAUGUCUUCCUCACGUGGCGGCUCCUGCGCUUCUCAGAGCCCCGGGCCCAGGCCCAGGAGCCGCCCGACUUGGCAGGGUCCUUGCCCUCCCUGCCCGCGUGUCCUCCCUUCACCGCUCCCCUGCCUCUGGCCCCAUGGACCCGGUGGUGGCGAUCUCUCAUCACAACUUG